AGAACUUUGUUGAGUGCGUUUCAAUUGGCAACCUGAACUGCCAGGUGAUGUGUGCCGUUAUGAAGAUUAUGGAUAUGCCCGACCGUGUACGUAUGUCGCAGGUGUGCAAGACCUGGGCUAUGAUUGCCCGCGAUCGCAGCGUGUGGCGCACGGUAAGGCUUCGCGAUUCUCGCAUUGCCAAAUGGCUGUUCCUUUUGCGUGAUAUGGCGCGCUUUCGCACCUACGAAUUGGAUAUGAUGGGGGUUAAAAUGGACAGCCCCAAAGUGCGUUUGGAGGGAGACUUGCGCGUGCUGAAGUCACUGCGCGUACUCCGCACUGAUCCAAGUGAGGCAGAGUUUAUUGAGUCGGUCAUCAAGCGUAUACCACAUCUGCACGAGCUGCGCACCACAUGCACCAGUCGUGUACUCAGUUUGAUUAAUUUAGAGAUGAUGGUCGAAUUGCGCGUGCUGCGUAUUCGCAUGUUGGAGCCAAAGGCUGGCAUUGUUUCGCUGCAGCCGCUGCAAGGUUUGGACCAGUUGCAGGAGCUUAGUUUGCGCGGCAUUAACAAUAUGGCUCAGCUAAAAUUGUUACAACUGCAAGGAUUGAAAAAUCUCGAAACACUUGUGCUGGGCUCCUGUCGUGGCAUGAAAGUUUCAUUGUUCGGCCGGCAAGUGCUGCCGAGUCUGACCCGUCUUCGCCAUCUACGCCUCGAGAAUCACCAUAGCAACCGCUCGUUUAACAUUAAUGAGAUAAUGAAGGGCAUCGCCGCCGGCGGCAGUGUGAAGCGUGUGGAGUUCAUCAAUGUCAACGUGGAUGCCGAGCUCAGCCGUCAGUUGGCCGCUUGUAGCUCGGUGCAGGAGCUGCUGCUGUCGCCCAACUUUCACAAUAACGCGGCCUACAUGAUGAAUUACAUUAUGCAGGCGAUCAGCGAAAACCGCGAACAGCUCAAAGUGUUUCGCUUGGGUCUGACAUACGAACUAUUGAGCGUCACUCGCGCUCUGGCUAUAAAUCAAGAGAAGGAUUGCAUUCCGGUUGUACUGCCCAUACCUGGCGUGCCGGACAACGAUGUACUUAACGAGUCCGACGAGCCAAUAGCUUGCCUGCCGGUCGAUCGUCUGGAGUCCAUUCUACACCACAUGAUGCCGCAGGCCUGGCUGACAGUCGCCAAGGUCUCACAGAGCGAGACAACCAAUCUUAAAUUCCUCCCGGCUUUGCCGACUGACGCCGGAAUAUCGCAUAACUAACCGUUUUUCCAGCGCCUCCUUUUUAUACACAUAUCUUA